AUGGCAGUAUUCAUAGUACCUGCUCAGUUUGUGUCUUCAGAGGCAGACCGCACAGUGAGGCUGUGCUCGCAGCUGCUGCUGGGAAGGAGGGGUGCGGCGGACGACACACAGAGGGAGCUGCGGCUGCUGGCGCUGCAGGUGUUCUCUGCUCGACCCACGACCAGGCUGCUGGGGGUGCUCACUCUCGAUCUGAGAGUCGUCUCGGGUUUCAUUUCUGUCAUCCGGCAGUACCUCUCAGACCUGGCAUCGAACUAUCCCAGCUUGGUGACGGUGCAGUCCAUAGGCCAGACGUACGAGGGCCGGCCCAUCGAUAUGAUCCAGGUGUCGUCUGGAACUGGCGCCAACGGCUCCGCACCAGUGAUCCUGGUAGAGGCGGGCAUCCAUGCCCGCGAGUGGAUCGCGCCUGCAGCAGCUCUCUACGUCAUCCAGCAGCUGGUCGAGAACGCGACGCAGAGCGCCCUCGCAGACAGCAUCGACUGGCACAUCAUACCGGUGCUCAACCCUGAUGGAUACGAGUACACCUUCACAACGGAGCGACUGUGGAGAAAGACGCGAUCUCCAACAUCUGCUGAAUGCGUAGGAGUGGAUGCGAACAGGAACUUCGACUUCCAUUGGAUGGAGGUAGGUGCUAGUGACGACCCGUGUGCGACUACUUACGCAGGCGCUGAAGUUUUCUCCGAGCCCGAAACGAGGGCUCUGAGGGACUACAUUCUGGCGAACGCCGAUCGCAUCAAGCUUUAUCUGACGUUCCACAGUUAUGGGCCUCUGAUACUUUACCCGUGGGGAUACACCACCGAGCCGCCUGAAGACUGGGAAACACUGGACGCACUGGGGAGACUCGCCAACGCCGCGCAGGUAGCAGCCGGAGCUCCCAACUACACCGUGGGGACUUUCGCGGGCGCCAUGUACGCAGCCGCCGGCACCAGCGCUGACUGGGCGAAAGCCGUGGGGGGUGUGGCACUGUCGUACACACUGGAGCUUCCAGGGGGCGGCGACGCCGGCUUCGACCCCCCCACAUCCGACAUCAUUGGCAUCGUGACGCCCUUCUUCGAAGCGGUCCGAGCUUUUGGUCAGUACGUCGCUGACAACUUCGGGAGGAGCAGGCUGAGUGGUUGA